AUGGCUGAUAAGUGUCACAUGUGUCUGCUGGGACGGAUCAUUCUCUGUGCACUUCUCACAGGUAUCAGUGGAUCAGAAGUGACUCGUGUGUUCUGCAGUUCUGGUGAAGAUGUCCGUCUGUCCUGUAAUAAAGCUCUUCCUGGCUGGACAUCAACUUCAUGGCUCUAUAACAGACGUCAAGAGACAGUUGAACUGAUUGAUAGAGGAAUACAGAAGAAUAACACAGAGAGACACGAGAGACUGAGUCUGGGCUCUGACUGCUCUCUGAACAUCAAGAAAGUCACAAAAGAAGAUCGUGGACUUUACUCCUGCAGACAAUAUGUGAAUGAACAACAACAUGGAGCUGAUGCACGUGUUUAUCUGCAUGUUCUUCAUGUGUCUUCAUCAUCCUCAAAGUCUGAGAUCAGAUCAGGCCGCUCUCUGACUCUCUUCUGUCAGUUAUAUAAUGAUGAUCGAGUCUCUUGUGAUACUUCAGUCCAUUCUGAGGGUCUUGAUCUGAUCUGGGUGAAUCAGGCUGGUGUGAAUCUGCAGACAGACUCCAGAUUUCAGAUCUCAUUCUCCUCAGAACAGUGUCUCAUCUCUCUGACUACAACACUCCUGAAUGAAGAUCACAACAGAGAGUGGAGAUGUCAGCUUAAACACAGAGAUCAACUGAAGACCUCAGUCACAUAUACUGUCAAGUGUCCAAGUAAAUGAUUUAUAUGAACAAUUAAUCAUCAGUCAUUUAAAUAUGAUGGUAGUCUAUGACGUAUCUGAACAUUCAUCUUUUCCAGCUCCAAGCGAAACAAAGCCACCGUCUCCAGUCACCAGCUCUAAAUCAGCUUCAGCUCCUACACAAGCAGGUCCAGAAUCAGCUGUUAAGAUCAAUGUUUACUGUGACCUGAAGACCUCACUCAGAUACACUGACAUGUGUUCAGAUAACAACACUACAUUUCUUUAACCCC